GUGAUGUACGUGAUGUUAAAGACUUAAAUAUGUAACCGUGUUCUCCGCGUUGCAAUAGUUGCUUACGCCUUGAUAAAUUAUAUUUCAAGUUAAUAUUGGAUUUGUCCAGCCGUUGCGACCAUGAACCCUUCUAGAAGAAGCGAAAGUGAAUGGCAAGGUUUGGUGAACGAGUUCCUGGUGUGCAAGAGAAAGCUGGAGAGUAAAAAGGAGGCACUGCUGAUCUUAUCAAAAGAGCUGGACACCUGCCAGCAGGAAAGGGAUCAGUUCAAACUGAUGGCAAACCAACUUCGGGAGCGCCACCAAGGGCUGAAGAAAAAAUACAGAGAGCUCAUAGACGGUGAUCCCUCUCUGCCUCCUGAAAAAAGAAACCAAGUCAAUCUGGCCCAGUUACUGAGAGACUCAAGAGAACAGAACAAACAGCUGUAUGAAGAAAUGAAGGAGCUGAAUCAACGUUUAGCAGAGGUGCAGGGUGAUAACAAGCUGCUGAGGAUGACCAUUGCAAAGCAGCGUCUAGGGGACGAGGAGGUGGGGGCACGUCACUUUCCAGCCCAUGAGAGAGAAGAUCUUGUUCAGCAGUUAGAGAGAGCUCGAGAACAGAAUGAAGCACUGGAACAAAGCUUAAAGGCAGCCACGGAUGAACUUCAGGAUGUAAGAGCAGAGCAUAAUGUGUACCAAGACAAAGCCCAGAGGCUAAAUGUGGAAAUUAACCACAUCCUGGGGAGCCAUGACAACCGCAUCCUGGAUGUAGAUGCUCUGUGUAUGGAGAACAGAUAUCUGCAUGAAAGGCUGAUGCAGCUUCAGGAGGAGGUCAGCCUCCUUAAAUCAAAUGUCAUGAAGUACAAGAGUGCUUUAGAGAGCAAGAAGAACUGCAAAGUGUAUGGCAAAGCAAACAGCACUGCUCUCACAGGUGUUCUCUCUGCCAAACAAGUACAAGAGCUGUUGCUGUCUGAAGAGAAUGGCUGCAGUCUUCCGGUCACCUCUCAGUCCAUCACUGACCUGAAGUCUCUGGCCACUGCACUGCUGGAGACCAUUCACGAGAAAAAUAUGGUCAUUCAGCACCAGCGGCAAACCAACAAGAUCCUGGGAAACCGGGUUGCAGAACUGGAGAGGAAGUUAAAAACAUUGGAAGUAUCUGGGUUGUGGAGUCUGCCAGGCAUCACCUACAAUGUGUCUCUUGGAUUAGGGAGUACGUUUUUCAUUCAAUAUAAUUUUUUGAUCAUAAAACACACUCUCAGUUUUGUUAACUGUAAAAACAAAUGUCUGUUCAAGUAUUGUUUAUGUGAAAUUAUACUUUACAUUACAUGUGCAGGAAGAAAAGCUAUUAUUGUUCUUAGUGACUCCCAGAAUGUCCAAUCCUCCACCGAACAGUCAGUACACUUAACACCAGAGUCAAUGGGAGAUGAAGAGAUUGUCACUGGAGAGGAGGUCACAGAAGACACCGCACUCAGUACAGACUUUGAUGCGGUUGCAGUUGAGGUGAAUCAAACACAUGAUAAUUUUAACUCUACGUAUUCUGUCUCACAGCCUCCACAAUGCGGUAAACCAGUCGAAAGCAUUCCAUCUGUGGAAACGACAGAGUGUAAAACUCUCGGGUCUUGUGACUCUCAGAACCCAGUAUAUCUCUCUGAGAUGGGGGCAGAAGAAUGUGAGUUGCAAGCAAGACAAUGUGAUGAAGAUCUGGUAAGCCGUAGACAUCAGCUCAUGCACACAGAAGAGCCUUUCAUAAAUUCAGAAGAGGAAGCUGUGGAAAAUGAUGUUUGUGUUCAUUCUGAAGUGGGCCCUGAUAUUCAAGAGCCAUUCGAGCUCAACCUGCCAUUGACAUCAGAAACUUGUGGCGAUUUUCACUCACUUUCUGAGUCAGUGGUGUGUACACUAGACCAGAUAAAAGAGCGAUCGGACAGUGAAGAAACCGAACGUGCUUCCUCAAACUCAAGUCCUUCUCAGAAGCCGUCGGAACAGGAAUGAAUGGUGUUUUUUGUAUAUUGAAAGCUUCAUCAUUUAGAAGAUUGAACAGUUAAUAACAAAAAGACUUCGGCAAAAGAGUUUAAGAAGAAGUCCCCAAUGUCCAAAAGAAUAAUUCAUUAUUUAAAUGAAGGAAAAACUGAAUAAGAAGUUGCAAAAUAAUUUGCCUGAGGAAAGCUGAUUAAAGCAGUGACAGGAUGAAUACUGAAAUGAACGACUUUAUUUCAAAGUAUAAGACCCGAAGAAACAAUAAAAUCCCUUUCUGGUGGUUUUCAAUCAAUCAAAACUUAGAAGCAGAAUCUUCAUUUGCAGCUAUGAUGAGAUUACCAGCGGAUAUAAAAAUAUUAUUUUUGUUACCUUAAGCUAUUAUUGUGAUAGCAUCCAUUUAAAAAAUAUUUACGUGUCUUGAUUGUAUUAAAUAUAAUUGUAAACGCUUCAAAGGUGUAUUUGUGGGUAAAACUUCAACCUCUGUGUGGCUUCGUUCAUUUCUGAUAAUCGCAAAAAAUCGAAACUUCUUCCAUGUACUUUCUCUUAAAAAUAAAGGUGCUUCACGAUGCUAUAGAAGAACCUUUCUGUUACACAAAAGGUUCUUUGUGACGAAUAAAGAUUUUAUUCAGAUUUUAAAAAGUAAGAAAGAGAUGGUUCUUAUAAGAACUGAAUGGAAUGAAUCCUUUGACUGAAUGGUUCUUCUAUGACAUCCAUGUGAAGAACCUUUUAAGCACCUUUAUUUUUAAGAGAAUACUUUCUUUUUACACUGUAUGUUGGUUUCAACUAUUAUGUUUUGUCGCUUUUAAUUUACGUCUUAUUUAUUAUAAUUUAUCUUGAGUGUAAUAGUGCUUGUGAAUGUUAAUGUAAAUUCAGACAGUAGAUCUCUCUAAUGCACUGUAAAAUACAGCAAAGAUUAAAUUGGAAGAGUUAAGCAGCUGAAAGUUUAUUAUACAUUUGUUGUGAUUCAUGAAAGUACUGCAUUGCAAUUCAACCGUUGCUUGCAUUGACACAUUCUACUGCUGUGUUGUAUAGGAAGCUGUAUGAAAUGUAAUGUAUUUAGUCAUUUUCUUAGAUCAGAAAGUUCCCAAACUUUAAUGCGAGGUACUCCUGUGCUAUGGAAAAAAUGUUUGUUUAUAUUGUUAGACAUUGACCUGUUUGACUGGCUACUCGAUGUUGCACAUCACAGUGUUUUAUUGAAAUAAACUGACAGGUUACAACCCUUA